AUGGAGGAGGUCUUAACUAAACCCCAAGUAGAUGAAACCUCCAUUGCCGUUUCUGUCAAGCUUGAGCAGUCAACGGAUGAGAACGCCGAGACGUCCAUGUUAUCAAGUUCAACAGAACAAAUGGACACAUCAGUUACUUCUCAAGGCGAAGGAUCUAAGAAAAAAUCUAAAGCAAAAGAUGCUAAUAGGUCUUGGACAAAAUUUGAAGAUCCUAAUGCCCCCAGGAAGCCCAGAUCGGCCUAUGUCCAUUUUUUGAGCUCAAGGAGAUCUUUCUAUGGAACUGCCAAACAAGGAUGUGAUCAGAGAAGGAUAAAUGUUCUUCUUGCUGCUGAAUGGCAAGCAUUAUCAACGGAAGAUCGGCAGAAGUACCACGACUUGUCAGCCAAAGAAAGAUUGGAGUAUCAAACCACUCUUCAAGAGUAUCAAAAAACUGAGCAAUAUGCAACUUUCAUGCAAAAAAAAGAACUUAUUAUCAGACAAAGGAAGCAAUGUCGAAAGAUGGGUAUCGAAUCUAAUUCAGUUGUAGAAUCUAUGAUGCUUAACAUGAUCACUCCAGAAGAAAAAACGAAGAAAGCGCCGGUUAUGAAGGUGGAAGAACUGAAUUUUUCGCCCCCAAUGCUACCAAAUACAGACAUUCCCAUUUUCAGUAAAGAGUUUCUCGAAUACAACAAAGAGAGAGAAAACAGGUUGAGACAAAUUAGAAGAUCAAUCGGAAUUGCGGAAGAUGAGCAGGAAUCCAUGAAAAAUACGAUUGAACGUUUACAAGCAAAUUGUGAUAUGAUCAAAACACAGAAUAGUGAAGAUACAAAAAUAAUAAAUGAUGCCAAUUCACUCAUGAGGAAUUGGAUACAGUUGGCCAAUACAGCUAUCUAUAAGGAAGGAACGAACGGCUUACCAGAUUUAAAAAGAAUGUCUAACAAUGAAUGGGCGGAUUGGAUAAGCAAUGCAGCUGUGACAAGAGGACCUAUCUAUUUCAAUGAAUUUGUGAAAGCUGCUAUGCAAAGUUUUCCCUCUGUACCAAAGUAG